GACGACCAACAAGUUCGACGCCCCAUAACACCACCGUACACAUCACCGUCUACGCUGAAACAAGAUUACGGAACCCCUCAAAACUCGUAACCCCGAACCAAACGCUGGUACCUCCCGCACACAAACGAGGACCAGAAUACCCCACAUCGACACGACAGUCGAAGGAACUCAUUCAACACCUUUUGAAGGAAGAGCGGGAAUACACACACAACAUGUCUCUCACAAAUUGCCGGUUCUAUGAGGAGAAGUACCCGGAGGUGGAGAGCUUCGUCAUGGUGAACGUGAAGCAGAUUGCAGAGAUGGGCGCAUACGUCAAGCUGCUCGAAUAUGGUGGGUGCCAUAUACAGAUCAAACAACAAGACGAGGCUAAUUGGCAGACAACAUCGACGGCAUGAUCCUGCUCUCCGAACUGUCGCGACGACGUAUCCGAUCCAUCCAGAAGCUCAUUCGCGUGGGCCGCAACGAAGUCGUCGUCGUGCUGCGUGUGGACAAGGACAAGGGCUACAUUGAUUUGUCGAAGCGCCGAGUCUCUCCCGAGGACAUUGUCAAGUGCGAGGAGCGGUACAACAAGUCCAAGAUGGUGCACAGCAUCAUGCGCCACGUCGCCGAGAAGACGCAGACGCCGAUCGAGGACAUCUACCAGACGAUUGGGUGGCCGCUGAACAAGAAGUACGGACACGCCAUCGACGCCUUCAAGCUCAGCAUCACCAACCCCGAAGUGUGGAAAGACGUUACGUUCCCCAACGACACUGUACGGGACGAGCUGCAGAGCUACAUUGGCAAGAGGUUGACGCCACAGCCCACCAAGGUGCGCUCGGAUAUUGAGGUCACUUGCUUCGGAUACGAAGGUAUCGACGCUGUCAAGAAUGCCCUGCGAUGCGCCGAGGCCAAGAACACACCCGAGAACCAGGUCAAGGUCAAGCUUGUGUCGCCGCCUCUCUACGUCCUCACCUCAACAUGCCUUGACAAGAGCGCGGGUAUUUCGACCCUCGAACAAGCCAUCGUCGACAUUUCAGACAGCAUCAAGAAGGCGGGCGGCGACUGCCAGGUCAAGAUGGCUCCCAGGGCCGUCACAGAGAACGACGAUGCCGAGCUUGCACUGCUCAUGGAGAAGCGCGAGCGAGAGAACCAGCAGGUCAGCGGCGACGAGGACGAGAGCACGAGCGACGAAGGCGAGGUUGGCGGCGUUACGGAGGCUGAUGCUUAGACGACUUUUGUACACGAAUGAUCAUGACGGGCAUUGUCAAAAGUGGAAAUCCGGCGUUUGGGGCGAGCGUGUCCAUGGCAUAGUUUGAUAGGGACGUCAUCCUUGUCUUGACCGGAAGUGUUCUGAAGACGAACAAUGUAUGAAUUUCCGACAAUAAACUGAAUCGAAGAAGUCCAAAC